AUGGAAUCCACUAUCUAUGAUGUUAUCAUUGUCGGAGGUGGAACCGCCGGAUGCAUCCUUGCCGCUCGUCUCUCGGAGGACCCGGGGCUUGAGGUCCUCGUCAUUGAGGCGGGCGCCGAUCAGCUAGCCGAUCCGCGGGUGAAUGUCCCGGCCCUAUGGCAUACCUUGCUCAACGGUCCCGCAGACUGGACCUUCCGCACCACACCACAGAAAUACCUCGAGGGUCGCGAGCGCCCGAUCCCCCAGGGCAAACUUCUCGGUGGCUCUAGCGCCAUGAACGGCCUCAUCUUCACGCCUACGCCCAAGUCCAAUGUUCAUGCGUGGACCCAGUUGGGCAACCCUGGCUGGGAAUGGCCCAGCUUUUCGCAGUCUCUCGGCAAAGUUUACAGCUUGGCCGGCCGGCCUAACAAUGGUCCACUUCAGCUUUCUUUCCCGGACAACUCCGAUAACGAGUGGCCACAAGUCUGGAAAGACACUCUAGCCGGUCUUGAUAUCCCCGUGACUGGCGAUCUCCUCACCGGCGAAGCAAAUGGAUUAAUUGUGAACCCGGAAACAGUCGAUCCUGAGACGAAAACGAGAAGCCAUGCUGGAAGUGUCUACCUUGGGCCAGCCCUCUCCAGGGGCAACUUGACGGUUGUGACAGAGGCCACCGUUGAAAAGAUUCUUUUUGACAAGUCGAACCCUGCCGAGGUCUUGGCGGAGGGUGUCCAGUACACCAAGGCUGGGGAGACGAAGGUUGUUCGCGCCCGAAAGGAAGUUGUGCUUGCAGCUGGUGCAAUCAAUUCCCCAAAAGUGCUCGAGCUUUCCGGUAUUGGCGACGCCGGUCUCUUGGAGAAAUUGGGCAUCGACGUCGUAAUCAACAAUCCCAACGUCGGAGAGAAUCUUCAGGAUCCUGUCAUGUGCAUCUUGUCGUUUGAGGCCAAAGACGGCAUAAAGACCUUGGACCCCGUGGCCCGACAGGAGCCCGAGGCCGUUGCCGCCGCCCAGGAAGCAUAUGCAAGGCUAACGGGACCACUAGCCACCAGCGGAACCUCGAAUACUGCCCAGCUCCCAUUCCCAGGCAUCGAGACUGACGAAGGAAAACGUGAACUUGACCGCCUGCUGGACACCCUCCUCAACACCAAAGUCGAUGAGGAUAAGCCCGCGCUCCUGGCCGCUGAAGCUAACAAGAAUUUUGUACGCUCCAUCUUGGCUUCGCCAGAGGAGGCUUCUGGCUGCUACAUUACACUUCCAGGUUACGUGGGCUUCGAUGCCGCUGGCGCUAUGGUUCCCCCACCUCCGGGCAAAGAAGGCUACUUCUCGAUCGCCUUGCUAACUACGCACCCGCUCUCUCGAGGUUCGACGCAUAUUAAAUCGGCAUCCGCCGCCGUUCAGGAUGUCGAUCUUGACCCACACUACUUUUCUCAUCCGCUGGACCUGGAAAUCUUCGCUCGACACCUGCGCCACCUCGAGACUGUACUUGUGGCCUCGAGUCCACUCUCUGACCGCCUCAAGCCCGGCGGCAAGCGUAACCCCGAGGCGCCAUCACCCGGAGGCUUCUCAGAUCUCGAUAAGGCUAGAGAGUAUGCGCGGAGCACGGCGAUGGACGCUCAUCACUUCGUGGGUACUUGCUCCAUGAUGCUACCUGAGCUCGGCGGCGUGGUCGAUCCGCAGCUCCGUGUCUAUGGAACUAAAAACUUGCGGGUUUGCGAUGCGAGUAUCAUUUCCUCUGAUCCCGCGAGCUAA